AUGGGUGUUAAAAUUUGUCAUAUUAAUGCACGCUCGCUUAUGUCAGAUUUUGGUAGCUUUAAAGACAUAGUUUAUAAUAAAUAUGAUAUCAUCACAGUUUCAGAAUCAUGGCUUAAUAGCAACAUAACAGAUGACAUAAUUUCAUUGCCGGGAUAUUCAAUUUACCGGAGUGAUAGAAAUAAACUCAACAAAAGAGGUGGUGGGUUAUUAGUUUAUAUCAGUUCGUCAAUGAAUUCCCAUGCAAUAAAAAACCUAGAGAUAGUGAACACCGAGCAAUUAUGGUUAAGUUUUUCUUAUGAGGACAAAACAAUUGGUUUGGGUACAGUUUACCGACCUCCGGACACCGAUGAGCAUUUAUUUUUAAUGGAAUUUGAUCAGAUACUCGGUGAUUUAGCUCCCAAAUACGAUUAUUUAAUUUGCGCUGGAGAUUUCAACCUUGAUUUUUUGGAUGUUGUGAACUCUCGCGGCGUCAUAGGUAGCCUUGACGAGGAGCAGGAAGAGUGCGCAGCCUGCCUGAAGGGCACCUGUAGGAGUAUAAAUGGGAUUUAUACUCGACCUGACCUGCCACCCGGCUACUCUCUGGUUGCCCAGAUUCCAGCUGGAGCCUGUAGGGUGCUUGUUCAACAGUUGAAACACACCAGGAAUUUUCUAGCGAGAAGUAAUACACGAAGAACUGAAAUUUUAGCUGCAGACAUUAAAAACACUCUUCUUGAACUUCUGCAAAAGGCAUGUAAUAAAAUAUAUACCUGCAAUCAGUAUAACCUUCCGUCCCCAUUUCUUAUGAAUACGGUGCACGGUCGCACGGUGCCAAAUCUGGAAAGUACGCCGCGUGUUCGAGCACUGGAAAUACCUCCAAAUAUUCCAAACUAUCAAACCAACUAUGGUAUCAAGUACGGAUAUUCGUUGCCGAUCGCUAAAAUUCCUGCUAUAGCUCCACCUUCAAUAAAACGACCGAUAAUCGAACCGAUGGUGUUAGAAACAAGAAAACUCGAUACGUCUUUCAAUACUUCCUUCAAUCAAAGAGACGAGGCUAGGCCUCCUGUACCCCAUCGCAGAACUAGGCUAAGGAGAAAACAUUUUCACUGGAAGAUCACCGGGUUGACAGCUUGUUCGAAAUCUUGUGGAGGAGGUUUUCAAAACUACGUGAGAGUUUGCACUAGGGAAGCGGGUCAAACUCAAGUGCCAGUGUCUGAAAGAAAGUGCGCCCAUUUGAGAGCUCCUUCUCCACCACCGAUUCAUUGCAAUACCGAACCUUGUCCACCCUCUUGGCACUCCAGGUGGACAGAUUGCAGCGUCACUUGUGGCGACGGUGUCCAGCAGAACAUUCCCGAGUGCAGGCAAGAUCUGGUUGCGGGUUCAGUCCCUGUGAGCGAGUCUCAAUGUUCAAUCCCGAAGCCCACUAGUCAAACUAGGAUCUGCCAGUUGAGUGCUUGCGAAAGUCUAAGUGAUAACCAACUUACCAGUUUUCGUCUAUUCAUACAAAUUUCCUCUGUCAUAACUUACUUUGAAUCUGAAUCUAAUUUUCAGUGUUCCGUAUCUUGCGGAACUGGUCACAGAACUCGAUCAGUUACUUGUCCAUCAGGUAGGUGUAGACCAGAGGAUCGCCCUCCGCAUGCGGAAUAUUGCAACGUUGGUUCCUGCAAUGUACCUGCUCCACCAGUAAGCGAUUCACAUACUUCAGCUGCGAGUCACAGAUCCAUUUCAGUAUGGUUGACAACGGAAUGGUCGCAUUGUUCAGAAGACUGCGGAACAGGUACUCAGAAAAGGUUCGCAGUGUGUGCUUAUCAAGAUAGAGACAGUUGUAAGGAUGAUGUCCAACCCGAGCUAUCCAGAGCAUGUUCCAGUGAUAAGCAGUGUGAUGGUCAGUGGUUUACAGGACCAUGGAGCACCUGCUCAGACUCUUGUUCUGGAAGUGCCUUGCAAAAACGAGAAGUUUUCUGUGUCGUCAAAAUCAGAGGACGAUCGCAUAUAACUAACGAAAUGACCUGUCCAGGACAUCUUAAACCUUCAGAAGAACAACCUUGUGACGGAGUCUGUCCUUCUCACUGGUUCUUUGGCGACUGGAGAACCUGCGAGGGCACGUGCCCCAUCGGGGUUCAGAGACGAGAAGUGAGAUGUUUGGAUAUUCACGGAAGGCAAGCCAAUGGUUGUCCGGAAAAUGACAUGCCUGUAGCAAAGAGGACUUGCGCUUGCGAAAGUAAAGCCGAUAACAGGGAUAGGUCUAAGCCUGUACAAGACGAACCAGUGGAUCGAUCUUGUGUGGAUAGAAUUAACAAAUGCAAGUUGGCACUGCAGGCAAGACUGUGUCAUUACCCGUACUAUGUAAGCCACUGUUGCGAAUCCUGCAGGAGGGCUAAAGAUCUUCUGGAGUAACAAGCUGUGAUUGGAAUAAAUAGAACUGUGUAGUCAAAAUAUGUACUGAAGUUGAUAAAUAUCGAUUGAAAUAUUUAGUGAAUUCGAAUGAUAGCAUGAAUGUAAAAUAAUGUAUGAGUGACCCAUUUCAAAAUAACUCCGAUAUUUUGUACCCCACAUUUUAAUUGACGCUUCCAGAUUAAAUUAUUUAAGAACUAUUUCUCGAGUUCAAAUCAUUUUGCGACUAACAAGCUGAGUAUGGCCAUCAUCAAAUACUUCAAAUGAUUUUUUUGUUAUUCAAUAAUAAUUUUUCUGUCUGAAUCUACUCGCUUUGUUUGGAAUACUUAAAAUCUAGAAGCGUCUUGAAAUUAGACAUAGGGAAACUUCUGACUGAUGUUAAUUUGAAUUUCAUUUAAGUAUGUACCGUACCCGGAACUGAAGACUCUCAAUGAUUAUUUGAAUCAAUGUCGGAUCGUUGUUGUUAUCAGUAUACAAAAUUUCGAAUUCAUUUAGGAACUUCAGUUCUCGGGUAACAGAUUCCUUGAAUUGAUUGGAAUCACAAGCACCUAUUGGCUUAUAUCUGAAAUAAAGAAAGAAUUUGUUAAAUUCUUGAUUUUAGAACAAUGAGAUGGACUGUAUUGAAGUUGCCUUUUUUUUUAAUAUAUUAAACUAAAUAUUAUGGUUUAUGAAACUGUCAAUUUGUAAAAAAAAUCAAAUUUGAAGCUAGUUGAAGUGAAUUUCAUUAGGAAUAUUCAUCUGAAAAGUUUAUACUAAAAAAAUUAUUGGAAAAUACUAUGAAGAUUUUCUUCAUUUGAAUUGGCAUUCAGAAAAUGAACACAAUGUCAGCAACCACUUGAAGAAUCAAUGUGAACCAAUACUUUCCUUUUACAUUGGAGAAACGUAUAUGGUUGACAGACAUUGACUCAUAUAUUUAAGAAGUCACAUUCAUAGAAGCCAUGUGUAGUCAAUUAAGGUCAGUUUGUGGUUUCAGAGGGUGGUCCUAGAAGUACCCGGCCCAACAAAAUUGUAUUUUUUUUCAACAUAAUCUCCUUGAAGCUCUAUACACUUCCCAGCGAUGUUCAAUAAGUUCGAUAACCUUUUUAUAGUAAGAACUGCUUGCUCCUCAACUUAACUGCAGACAUCACUUCUUCAUCGUUAGAAAGUCUCUGACAACUGAGACAUUUUCCCAAGUUUAGGAACAUAAAAUAAUAAAAGGGAGCUGAAUCUGGCGAAUAGGGUGAAAAAAGUAACAAUACAAACUUCAUUUUGAUUAUUUUGGUCAUUGUGAUGAUAGAUUUGUGAGCUGGUGCAUUGUCUUGACGAAACAGCACUUUUGUAUUAGCCAAAUGCCAUCGUUUUUGCUUGAUUCUUCACUCAAACGUUGCAAUAAGUUCGCAUAACACUCGCUGUUGAUAGUUUCCCUUUUUUUAAUAUUCAGUGAAAAUUAUCUCACGGGCAAAAAACCGAUGCCAUGCCGGUUCUUCCUUUUGAGUCCACUAUUUUCUUUGUUCUUUUUGCCUCGGGAGUGAAAUGAUGGACCCAUGUUUCAUCCAUGGUAGUGAAACAGCGCAAACAUUUUACUUUGUUGCUAUGAAACUUCUCGAAACACUCGAUUGAAACAUCUUCGCGACACUGUUUUUACUCUACUGUGAGCAAACGCGGCACCCAUCUUGCGCUCAGCUUGCUUAUGUCCACAUUUUCAGAUAAUAUACUAUGUACCGCACUUUUUGAAAUACCUAAGCCUGCUAGUUCGCGCACUUUCAGGCCACCGUCAUUCAGUACCGCUUUGUGGAUUUUUUUCACAGUUUCUGGAGUCAUCUUCUUAAUUGGUCGACCACUGCGAUGCUCGUAUUGACAGCUCGUACUGCCAUUUUUAAACUCUGUUACCCAAUAUUUUACUAUUGUAAACAAAAGAGCAGACUCACCCGAAUAGAAUCCACUUCUGCUUUUAUAUUGGUUGGACUGAAGCCUUUGAAGUAAAAGUAUUGUACUACAUAACGAUGACCAUUUUUUUCCAUUUUCACAAAUUCAGUGAAAACGUUUGCUAUUGAUGGCUGCCAAACAAAUACUAAGGAACGUAGCGCCUUCAAACUUGAAACAAAUGCUUUAUAGACUGUGUACUUUCGGAUACAGUGAUAUUUUCCAAACAACUACCGUCAUCUCUAGGUCAGGCCGGGUACUUCUGGGUCCACCCUGGUAUGGUGUAUUUGUGGAAAUUAUUACAGUAUCAUCACAAAAUCACAAAAAUACUCUCUUAUGAUUUAAAUAGAUGUCUGUGAUUGUUUCUCCAUUGAAUAACCCUAGGUUAAGGAAGGUGCGAGAUUACUUAAUGUGUUCUCUGUUUAGGUUGGCAUUGCCAAAUUGAUUCAAUUGUAUCUAGAGCCAAAUUGACGUUCUACUAUGCACUUGCCAAAUUGUUUUAUUAAUUUGAUUGAAUCUUGAUUGUAUUCUUUAAACACCAUCAGAAUAAUAUUAAACUAGAUUGUACGAAAAUAAGUAUUACUUUUAGAAUAUAUGUAUUUAUUAGUCAUUCAAUAAAAAAUAAAACUUUUCUCUAAUU